GCAAAUGCCAUGUAGCUGGACAGAACCAAUGUAAUGUUGCUUGCCAUCGCUUGGAGAUACUCAUGUUAUUUUUUUGCAUUCCGCCUAAUUACAUAAUUACUCUUAAUUAAUUAAUCAACUUCCCAAAUAUUAUAAUUAUCUGAAUAGUGUCGAUAAGAAAGCUGUAGAGCAACAUGACAAACUCCCGAUACAGCUUUCUGUUGCUGAAUACGGGCUGCGUAAGUGUUUUUCCGAGCGUGAAAGAAGCCCGAGAAUACACGUAAUGUGCCUCGAGCGGCCAGUCGCGCGUUCAAAUCAUGGAUUCGGGACCUGAAAGGUGCGGCGUAAUGCUUUCGCAUUUCUCUCACAUUUACCACUAAAUCACCACUGGAUUUACUUCUUUUCUUUCUUUCUUCUUUUCCUUUUCUUUUCUUAUCUGUUAUUAUUUUUUGUUUACAGAGACGGAGCUUUGUUUUUGUUUUCCUCCAGUUGCCGUUUUGAUGUACUUGGCUAUGCUGUGCAGGUGAGGAUCCCGCUACAAGCUCAUCCGCGGGGCAGUUGCCAAUCAUUGUCAAAACUGAAGAACCACAAGUGAAACUGAACACAAGCGUUGUGAGCAACAAAACCAACAGUAAAAGCUGCCUCGAAAAUUUUGACCUGCUCAAUGACGAGGCGCGUUCACUCACUGAAGGCAACGCGGAAAUCUUUGAGGAGGUCACAGUGCACAUCGAGAGGGCUUCCUGCAGCGUAAUGACGUCACUGCAGUCUCCAAUGACCAAUAUCGGAAUGUCGUUUUCGACGUCCCUGUCACAGGCGGGCGCUAGCACCAAAGCGAACGUCCACGAAAGCUCUUCGGCGCUGAAUGACGACAACGUUUUACCGUCCACAUCUUCGUCUUCUUCUGCCAAGCCAAGUCGUAUCGAGAAGUGCACAGUGCCAAGCGACCGUGAGACGGCGUCCGCAUCUCCGUCGCCCGUAAGAACUAGUGGCAGAGCAAGGGCCCGCAAGAAGUCUGCACUGCAGUCCAGUGACAACGCGUCGCCUUCGACGUCGUCAGGCAAGACAGACGACGAUGAAAAGUGUGCAGGGCCGAGUCGCCAUGUUACGGCAUCGUCACGCGUGGGCCACGGAACAAAAACAAGCGCCGCCAAGAAGCAGCGGAUGAAAAAAGUGUCCAGUGACAACGAGUUUUCCCAAGCGUCUUCGCCGCCGUCGAUGACGACGAACGCGAGCCACCCCGACGCAGCAACUACACCCAAGGGGGCCGGGACGAGUGCACGGAAGAGUGCUUGCCGCGAGAGUUCCGGCAAGAGGGUUGUGCGUAAGCCUCUUCGGUACGACGACGAGGGUGCUCCUCCUGCCAAGAAGGAAAAGGCCAAAGAUGCCGGCCGCUCACCGGCAUCGCUUCAAAAAACUUUGCCUGUCGCCGCUGAUGACAUCGACAGAGUGACUUGGUGCAAAGACUGCCGGAAGAGGCUCAACCCUUCAGAAGUUGUCUUCUUCAAAGGUGACCCUGAAGGCGCUGUGGAAGAGUUCGUCGCCAUCAUCGACCCUCGGCUCACGUCGUCGCUUUGCAACCAGGACGUGCUCACGGAGCAACCUCAAUUUAAAAUCACGCUGUUCACUGUGUAUGACCAGCAUGGUCACGUGUGCCCCUUCGACAGUGGCCUAAUCGAGGCCGACGUGACCAUCUACCUUAGCGGUCACGUGAAAAGCAUCUGCGCCGAAGACCCCGGAGUCGAGGACAGUGUGGUUGUCGCGAGGGCUGGUCCCAUCGUGUCUUGGUGGACCACGGGCUACGACGGUGGCGCCAAUGUCGUGCUCGGCCUGACAACGGAGUAUGCCGAGUACGUGCUCAUGACACCCAGCGCUCAGUACGAGCCGUACGUGAAGCGCAUGCAAGAGAAGACCUACUUGAUGAGAGGCGUCCUGGAGAAGCUCAUCGAGUGCGGUGGCAACGCGAGCUUCGACGACGUUAUGCACCACCUCGAGUCCCUGGUCGACCUGCCGAGCGACGUGGGUCCUUUCUCGAUGGAGACGUUGCAUCGGCACUCGCAGUUCGUGGUGGAUCACGUUCAGGCUUACGAUGCUGCGGGUGACGCCGCCUACAAGGACACACCGCUGCUAGAGAGCGCCUUCAUCUGCGAGCUUAUGCGUGUCACUGGAGCUUUCAUAAGGCACACGCCCAAAGGACGAACGCUGCCGUCAGUGGUGCGAAAGGAAAUCAAGAAGCUCGAGCCGAAAGAGGAAUUUGUCAUGCCCGCGGUGCGCAUGACACUGGGAAAACUCCGCAAGGCUACUCACAGUUCUGCAAAGAAAUCGGGGCUCCUGAGGAAGUACAGGUGUGGCCUGUGCGAAGCCUGCCUGGCACCCGAAUGCAAGUUGUGUGUUUUUUGCCGCAACAUGAAGAAGUACGGUGGACCCGGCACGUUCAAGCAGUGCUGCAUUCGGAGGCGAUGCCAGCAGAGGCAUCUCCCGGACAGUGUCGACUGCGCGGGCACCGACUCCAUGGACCACGAAAUCUCGAGGCUACCCGAUGAACCCUUCGCGCGGAGGGAAUUCUUUAAACGCUACGGCAUUGACUGUGCCUGGACUGGAGAUUUGUUGGAGACGACUGCGGGCAAGACUUUUUACUCGUCCUGUCGUAUUGGAAGUGAUCUGAGCCUGUCCGUCGGAGACGACGUGAUUGUGCUUUCAUCUCUGUACGACACUAAGCGUAACAUUGGCCGUGUCACGCAGCUUUACGCCGACAGCGAGAGAAAGAAGUUCGCCCACGUCAUUUGGUUCAGACGCUACGAAGAUACCGUUCUGGGCAGCUCCUUUGUUGAUGUCAGUGACGAACUCUUUUCGACAACGGAAUGUGACGCGGUGCCCUUGGAAGCUAUUGGGAACGUUUGCUGCGUUGUUUUCCGGGGCACAGACGUUGCCGACGACGACGUUUCGGAGCUUAAAGAACACAAGUUCUUCUACAGAUUCCUGUGCCAUGCGACGACGUGCACUUUCACUGCAGCGGACGCCGAAGGCCCUAGUUGCACAUGCUCCCAGCAAGGAAAGUGCGCAAAGAUGUUCGCAAAUGUUUCGAAUAAAGGUGGCUGCUUCUUCGUGAAGCCUGGUGCCAUCCGCAUGCCCCUGAACUCGAAGCUAAAGGACGCAACCCCGGAAGAUGCGUCUGUGCAGGGACUGUCCGGGGACGAGUUUACAGAAAGGUACAGGAAGAUUCUGUAUCCUCCAGAGAAAGAGGAGUGCAGCUCACCGGACCCGUAUCGAAUUUGCUUUGUUUUGCCUGACCAGUCAGGCGGGAAGAAGCGGCGGUGCAUGAUGGACUCACCUCUAAUCGUUCAGCCCUUCUACAGAGAUUACGAAGUCCACAAAGGUUCCAGAGACAAGCUUCGUCUUUACCUCUCGCCAACAUCUUUCCCUAUCGCUCAUACGGACAUUGUUGCGCCAUGUGAAGUGGUAUACAGCGUUGGUGGCACUAUGGGCAGCUGUUUCGACACUGUGCGGCCUCCGUUCUACUUUUCGCUGAGCUAUGACGCGGAACAAGACACAUAUACGGAGCCAGAUAACGAGGCGAAGCAGAUUGGUCUCCAUCUUGUUUCUAGCUCCCGUACGUCUGGAGUUCUGCUCAAAAGCGUCGACGUAUACUGCGGUUGCGGGGGCUUGUCUCUGGGUCUGGCGCUGUCUGGCGUCGUGGAAGCUGUGCUCGCGCUCAGUGAUAACGAGCACCACUUGGAGACAUUUUCCUUGAAUUUUCCGCUCGCGGCCACACCUCUUUCGCCUCCUUCAAAGGUACUUCAAGAUCUUCAUGCGGGCAAGGUGACUGAUCGGCUGGCAAGCAUCAAGAGAGGUGCGAUCGGACUGGUCUGCGGGAGUCCAUCGUUCGAGUCAUGGAAGAACAGCGACGGACAGGGUCCAACGAGCUCCCAGCUGGUCACCUUCCUGGGUUUCUGCGAGUUCUUUGACCCAUUGUACGUCGUUCUCGUGGCUGAGAGACGUGCAGUCAAGUAUCACAACGGGUCAGGGCUUGCCCUGGCACUCAAGUGCCUGCUGGACCUUGGGUACCAGACGUCCUGCAGCAUACUCCAGGACGGCUGCUAUGGUAUGCCGCAGAGACAUCGACGCCUCGUGAUCUUUGGCGCCAAGCGCGGACUCGCGAAGUUGCCCGCUUUUCCAGCGGCCACGCACGCCUUCGAUGUCCCGGAAAGGCACUUGUCAUUCGCUGUUGACGGCCGCGCUUACGCGAGCCCUCUGGCGGCCACGUCGGCUGCGCCGUACCCGAGGACCACAUUGAGGGACGCCAUCGGCGAUCUCAGCAGUCGCAAUCGAGCGGGGUCGGUGACGGACUUUUGCCGGUUCCUCAAGAGAAGUUUCGAACCGAGUGACACCGAUUGGGUCAAGAAGAUGACUCCUAUUACCCAGGCGAGGAUAGCGCUCAUUCCCAAGGCUCCCGGUUCGGACUGGCGCGACUUGCCCAACCGGGAGGUCCAGCUGAGCGAUGGCACCACCGCAUACCGCCUCAUCUACACCCACAAAUGCUGGGCGAGCCCGUACGGGCACCAGCGAGGCGUGUGCUCGUGCGCCGAGGAUGACCGGGCUCAGUGCGACCCCAUGUACCGCCAGGAGAACACGCUCAUUCCUUGGAGCCUCGUGCACACGGGCCACCGCAGCGGCCAGUGGAGUGGCGUCUACGGUCGGCUGCAAUGGGACGGCUACCUGCACGGCGUCGUCGCGAACCCCGAACCGCUGAGCAAGCAGGGACCGGUCAUACACCCCGAAGAGGACAGGGUGCUCAGCGUGCGCGAGUGCGCUAGGGUUCAAGGGUACCCCGAUGACUUCGUGUUCGUGGGCCCGACUCUGGAGAUGUACAAGAUGAUAGCGAGAAGCGUGGCUCCUCUCCUAGCGCUCGCUCUUGGCACAGAGAUAGCCAAAGUGUUGCCCUGAGGACUUCAUCCGGCCGAUGCGAAUGUUGACAACGACUAAACGGACUCUUGAGUUGCGCUCCUCACCCUUGCCGGGUGUUUGCGUUGAAGGACGUUAUGAUGACUGUGCUGCUGACAUUUUGCUGCAGCAGUUGGUGACAACAGCCGACAUGGCUCUUCUGCAGGUUCUUCCAAUUGGCAAGGAAUGACUUACUUGCUGCGACUAUAAGGCUGUUUCUCAUUCCAUCGUGGAUUAUUUUUCUAGCAGUUCUUAGUGUAGAACACUACAAGAAGUUCCCAUGUAUUCAGAGCUAUUUGGAUGUCUGUAUUUUCUUGGGAACUUUGGCUGGCAGAGUUCUAGACAGGUACCGUCACUGCCGUUCUUCGACUAGGACAUGUGCUUGGAAAGGGCUGUUUAGGCUCUUAAGUUAGAGCACCUCGAGUCGUUGUUCGCAGUGUUAAGGCUACUGCAGUGGUGAUGUCGCAUGUUUCGCGAACGUCUCUGUGACACUGCAUUUUGGAUAAUGACGUAAACAGUCGGAACUUAAGCGAAUCUCAUCUGAUGGGUCACUCGCCGUCAUUUCACUGCCGCUUGGCAAAGUGCCAAUUGGCUGAAUUUGUAAAGCAUUCUCGUACUACUGCCAACCUUAACUAUACACAAAUAGCGUUUUUGUUAGCGCUGUGUGGUUUUGAGAACUGUCCUUGAGGUCAAAGCUAUUCUGGUGGCUUUCCACUGUGGGGACGUUUGCUAUAAUGUGCGGUAUGAUCUUAGUUAGUCUGCUGUCCUUGCUGAGUCGGACGCUUAGAAAAUACAUAGCGAAAGUUCCGUCGAUACAAAGCCGGCUGUUUCUGACCGUUACGAACGUUGACACUUCGACUAGCAUUCUUGGCGCUCUACUGUGGACCAAUAUAGAUCCGUUCAUUUCCGAAUGAUUAGAUGACAUUGCAUAUCAGAAAAACUUCACGCCAUCAUAUUACCGUCAUGCUGGGGCCUGCACGUAACAAAGCGGUCGUGAGCGUUCUGCAGUUUAAAGCCUUUCUCACACUGCUUCUAACACUGAGCGUUCUCUACGUUUCUUAGCGUUAACAAGCGAGCCAGCAUGUUUUCAUCACUUUGUACUUCGCAGGGAAUAAUCACACUUGAUAAAAUUGGCUCUUAUGUCGUUACAGAUAUUUAUUUGUUUUGCGUGCAGCUAACACGUAGAACACGUGAACACGCCUGUAACAGUCUCUACGUCGUCUCUCUCCAAAUCCUUUCCUGAAGCAACGCCCAAGUUGGGCCGGUCGGGGUUAUGCGUUGAGGUUAUAUGAAAGCUUCCUUCUGUGGGCAGCCGAACGCAUAUCUGUGGAAGGCUUGGCGAGUAGUUAACGCCUUAUAUCUUCAAUUUAUCUCGCGUAUGUUCAUCUGCGAACAGCGUUAGCAAGUAGUUAACGCCCUAUAUAUUCAGUUUAUUUCGCGUAUGUUCGUCCGUGUUGAGAUUUAAAUGUUUACUGUUUGUACACGUUAUAUGCGCCGCUUCCCUGUUCGUGUAUCACACAAGCUAGCUGUUCUUUUUUGUGUUAAUUCCUUACCUCAUAACCCAAGGAGAUGCAAUGUAAAUGUAGCAGUUUUAUUGCUGUUCUUGUUCCUUGCUGUGUUCCUGACAUAUCUUAAUGUGAUAUAUUUGUUGUUUACCGUCGUUUGCAGCAGUUCUGACAAGAUCUUAGCAGUUGUGAUAUUUUUUUUUAUUUACUUAACAGAUGUCGGCGCAGCAGACAGGGCAACACGCCCAAUGAUACGUUUAUCAUUUGGCGCUCAUUUUAUUAAGCAGUCAUCAGAAGUGCGCGAAAACAAAAAUAGCUAAAUCGUGGAAUUUCUUUCGCGACGUACUCCAAGUCGGUCUAUUACCAACGGUUAAUGUCUGUUACGAAUUGGGCCGCAAAAUUUUAGCCGGAAAGGUUAUGCAAAGUAUCGACAGAGCUGACCGUAGGCAUUGCUGAACAUGAGAAAGUUGCCAUAAUAUGCCGAAAUUUUGUGCUUCAAGAAUUUGAUUAGGUUCAGAUCGAUAGGAUUAGGUUCUGCUAGGCCAUGAAGCCAAUCAUUGAGUGUGAUGCUGGUUUUCUUUUGCUUUGAUAUGUAUGUCUCAUACUAGUGCGUAUGCUUAUGUUAUGAAUCGUCAUUGUUAGUUCUCCUAACGGUAUACCACGGGCAACAGUCCAGUUGUCGGCUAUCCAGCCAUGUAGCAGCAUGGUCCAUGAGACAUCCUGUGUAGCAUUCGCAACGGCAUUAAUGGUUCCGUUUGUCGACGUUGGAGAAUUGUCUAGAUCAGCUGUAUUUACGACCUGCGUCUUUUUGCGACUGCCGUACAGUUUAAGAUUGUUGAUAUCGUUACUAAUCUGUUUUCUCACUAUAUGAUGUCUACGUUGUACCUGGUUAGUGGGUAGAUUACAUAGAUUAAAUUGAACCCAAUUUUAUUUCCUUCCCUAAUAAAGAGGAGCCAAAACUAAGAUAUGUUCCGGCUAAAAUAAAGAAUAAAAUAAUAUAAAUAGAAAAUAAAUUAAAAUUGAGUCCGACAAAGCAAUAAAAGAUCUUUUCUUUCGUUUUAGUUUGUUGCCCGUGAAAUGUAAUUAGGAAAUGAAACCUCGCAUUUAACGGUAUUUAUUUCACUGCGGCUCCACAAGUAAGACUAGUCAUGUUUAUGCCGUAAUGCUUGUGGAAUAUUUAACGAUUUCCUGUCGACCAAGUGUGUCGGGAGUUUUUGUAUUGACGUGUGCUUUUCAUGAAUAAAGUUUAUUUUGAAGUUU